AUGGCAAUUGAACGAUCCACUACCGUAGCUUCUCAAGAUGUCAUCGAGUCCAAACAAGAUGGAAUUGGUCAUACUAAGAUUGAGAAACCUUUACAGAAACAUGGUGGAAGGUUGGAGCACAAUGAAACAUAUUGUGGUUCCUGCUUUGGUGCUGAAGCGACGGAUGAUACUUGUUGUAAUUCAUGUGAUGAAGUUCGUGAAGCUUAUCGAAAGAAAGGUUGGGCCCUCUCUGACCCUGAAUCUAUCGACCAGUGCAAAAGAGAAGGAUAUGUGCAAAAGUUGAAAGACGAAGAAGGUGAAGGCUGUAACGUUCACGGUUUCUUGGAAGUUAAUAAAGUCGCUGGGAAUUUUCAUUUCGUUCCAGGACAAAGCUUUCAUCAAUCCGGUUUUCAAUUUGGUGAUCUUAUAUUCUUCCAGCAAGGCAACUACAAUAUUAGCCACAAGGUUAACAGGCUGGCCUUUGGAGACUUUUUCCCCGGUGUAGUGAACCCUCUAGAUGGUGUGCAGUGGAAUCAGGAGAAACAAAAUGGCGUGUAUCAAUAUUUCGUCAAGGUGGUACCAAGCAUUUACACAGAUGUUCAUGGGCAUACCAUUCAGUCAAACCAGUUCUCUGUGACAGAACAUUUCCAAAAAAUGGAAGCAGGUCGAAUGCAAUCUCCGCCUGGUGUUUUCUUCUACUAUGAUCUUACGCCGAUUAAGGUGAUAUUUGAGGAGCAGCAUGUGGAGUUCUUGCACUUCCUAACAAAUGUUUGUGCUAUAGUAGGAGGUAUCUUCACCGUAUCAGGAAUAGUUGAUUCGUUCAUAUACCAUGGACAAAGAGCAAUUAAGAAGAAAAUGGAGAUUGGUAAAUUCAACUGAGUUUGUUUGUCUUAUUAUUAUUUUAUAUAUAUAUAUAUUCUUCUCACUUUCUUGUUCAGAGACUGGUUAACCUUCAACGGGGGUUUUACAGUUAGACAUUAGGUUUGAUGAUGAGUCUGGCAAACAAUUCUAUCUUUGGUUGACUUUGAAAGGAACUGAGAAAGUUUUACUUUACCUUAUAAAUUAUUUUUCUUUUCUUCAGGCAAA